CUUCAAUUGUAGUUUCUUCAUUGAAAAGUGAUUUUCUAAAUCCUGAAAUCUAAAUUCUACACUUUCACUUUUGAAGCCACACUUCCACAUCAAACACACAGAGAACGCAUAAAUAAUUUUAUUUAUUUAUGGCGAAUUAGAAGCAGAUUUUAAACACCGGAAAUGAUGAAUGUCACCAUGACUGUCAGUUUGGUAGAUGACUGUAAUCAAUUAUGGAAUUUUUCACAAAUUAUCAAUUCACCAUUACGCAUCAUCACAUUCAACAUUGCUACAAUCAUUAAUCUAGGCAUAUUUGCAACAAAUCUAUUCAUGAUUAGCAUUUUAUUAAUGACUAAAAAUAAACGUUUUGAUGCAACACGUAAACUACUCAUUAAUUUAUCAAUUAUUGAUAUGAAUUUCGCUAUUUGUAUUUUGCCCAUGUCAAUUAUGUAUAUUAUAUUAAAAAUGCAUUGGAUUCCGUGUCAUAUAAUAUGUCAUCUUUGGAUUAUAUCCGAUGUGUAUUUUUGUUCAACUAACAUGUUCAAUUUAGUAAUUAUUGCAUUCGAUCGAAUGCUGGCCGUGAACUAUGCAGUGAAAUAUAAUCAAAUUAUGUCACCUACACGUGUUCGAUUGUUAAUUUUACUUAUUUGGUUAUUAGCAUUCAUCAUUGUCUUACCAUUGGCAGUUGUAUUAAUUUGGAAUUAUCUACAACAACAACAGCAACAGUCAGCUACCAUGGACGAUUACAGCUUACACUAUGAGAGGAUUUUUAACAAUGUGGAGAAUAACAAUUGUGUCCAGCAUGAAUGUAGUCUAUUGCGUGUAAAUAUUUAUCUACGAUUAUUUAUUGUGCUAUUUUCCAUGUAUAUACCAACUGGUUUAAUGUGUUAUUUUUAUUUUCAUGUAUUUACUAAAGUGAUCAUUAAUAAACGGGGCAUAUCGAUCGGUUUGUUAAUUGAUAAAGAUUCCAUUUAUCAGCAUCGGAAAUACAACAAUAACAAACGUAGUACAUUUGAUGAGAAGAGUUUGGAUGAGAAGAAAUGUUUGCAUAAACCAACGAAUACUAUUGAUAAGGAUGCUGUGAAUGCAGGGAAGAUAUCGAAAGUGGAUAAAAUCAAUAAAGAGAAGAAUAAGAAAAUGAUUUGUUCCAAAUAUGGUCUACUUCGUGUACAUGUCGGUGGCAAACAUUUACAAUAUAAUAGUAAUAGUAAUAAUAAUAAUAACAGUAAUAGUGCGAACUAUAAAUACAACAGUAAUACAAAUAUUAACAAUAAUAAUAAUAAUCACGAGAAUAGCUUACAACAAGAAAAACUAAUCAAUACUUAUGAUCCGAUGAUGACCGGCAAUACAUCACCAACCUAUUCAACGAAUCAAGAGGAUUUAUCUUAUCAUCGAGAACAACAAUGUCAAGAGCCACCAGAUUCUCCAUAUACCAACACUGAAGAGGUAACCACUUCAAAUCUAUUUGAUAAAUCUGAUUGUAUUUCAACGAAUGCACAAACUGAAGAUUCGAUUUUAACUAAUCUAAUCAAAACAAAUCACCGAUUACAAGACAAUCGUAAUAAUAAUAAUAAUAAUGGUAAUAAUGGUAUUUUAAUCAAAAAACACUCGAAUUCAUUAUCUGAAGUUGUAUUUAAAGUAAAUAAGAAUAAAUUGGAUGAUACUACUAAUUAUCAUCAGUCAAGUAGUCAGCAGCAUCAACAACCACAUCAACAACAACAGCAUCAGUCACAUUCCUCACCACAAAAACAACAGAAUUUAAAAGUUAAACUAACCAACAUAUUACGUAAACACUCAUUUCAUACGCUAUCCCCUUAUACUUAUUUAAAACCAUCAGAAUCCAAUCAGUCACGACGUUCUACUGGUCGAACUGAUAAAGAUGCGAAAUUUCAUGAUCUGAUCACAUUGAGACGAUGUGCAUUAAUGCCAUUAGGUCAAAGUACAGCUUGUUCAUCGAUCAGUAAUGAAUACACAAAUUCUGGUAGAAAUUCUGAAAAUCUAUCGAAUUACUCAACAACACAAAUCACUCCAAGAAAUAGUAAUCAUUUAGAGCAUCGUUCUACCAAUGUUGGGUCAGAUCAACCACAACAGCAACCACAGCAACAACACCAACAACACCAACACUAUACAUCAUCAUUAUCAGAAAAUUAUCAUUUCCCUAUGAAAGUUAAACGUACAAUUGAAUUUAAAGCCAUUUCAAUGUUUCUAUUAAAUAUCAGUUCAAUUAUUUUAUGUUGGUUACCAUAUUCCACUUUGUUAUUAUUUACAGAUAUUCUCCUGCCAACAAAUUUAUGUCUUUCAUUUUCUAUUUAUGAUUUUUUCUAUUGGUUACGUUUUGUAUGUAUUGCAUUUAAUCCAUUCAUAUAUGGUUCUGCAUCAGAAGAUUUACGUAAAGCAUUCAAACGUUUUAUAUUACAUUGUGGUAAAGUGAAACAUGAGAAAAAAGCAUUGAAACGUUUAGUUCUAGCUGGUCUAGGCGCAGCUGGUAUACCAUAUGGACAUAGAAUUAUUAUACCACCACAACAAAUGAAAUCUACCGAACAAAAUCAUCAAAAUAAAUCUGUUGUAUUCAAUAAUAAACCAUUAAUGCUUAUAGCUGAUAAUGAUUAAUAUUGACUGAUGAUGAUACUUUCAAACAUGUUCUCUCCUUCUCUACUCUGCUCUUGUCCUAUUUUUUUGCUACCUGUGAUUUUGAUUUUUUUUGGUUUUUUCUAACUUGGUAUGGUAAGUAUAACAUCAUUGCGUUCCAUGUUGUUUGAUUGAUUUAAACAAAAACACUGUGUUUUUUAUUCAACGUUCAAUAUUUUCAAUGUUCAAUAUUUUCAAUGUUCAAUUAAAUUAUGGAAAAAACAGAAACCAGAUAUUUUUUUCUCUCUUGUUAAUAUGUGAUUAUAUAAUACAUGUGUACAAUUGACCUCAUUCUAUAUAAAAAAUUCCAUUCAUGUUGUACAAAAGAAAAAUAAUACAUUUUAUAAAAAUAUAAAAAAAUAUAAAAUAGUUAUCAUUUUUUUUGUUGUUUUGUUUUAACUAUUGUUUAUUUUCC